CAUCUCGUGAUUUCGUGCUUUCAAACCAUUCUUCUGCAAUCUAAUGACAUCGAACCUUUCCACGUUUGCAUUCUUUUACUUCUACGAGAUUGAUUCCACUUCCCCCUCCCCACGUACCCUCUCUACGUACCCUCUCUCCUAUUGAUAUACCCAGACACCGCAGCAAUAGAAAAUGGGCUACAACACCGAAAACACUGAGUGGCCGACUUCAACACCGGUCCCGGACGUUCAGAAGACCAUAAUCGAUACACUUUUCAACUUACUAGACGACAAAAGCGCGGGCGUGGGCGACAAGCUCGCGGACGAGAUCUUCACAAGCGAUGGUGUUCUGCACGGAGGCGCUGGGACAGCCAAAGGCACUGACGCCAUCCGCCACGCCCGCGACAAUGCCUGGAAGAUAAUCCAGACGCGCCGCCACAAAGUCCUCCGCGUCUAUGUGCACGAUGCAGAAGCGAAAGAUCUCUUGAUCGUCGGGCAUGUGACUAUGGGCUUCCCGAAUGGCAAAGAGAAUGCGAGCGAGUUCACCGCGAGGAUCCUGUUCGUCGCACCCGAGUCUGCGGGCGGGAAGCCGAAGAUCAAGGAUUAUAACGUGUGGGCGGACACCGCACCAUUGAGUAAAGCAAUUCAGGAGGCUGUGGCGGAUGGAAAAUAAGGGCGUAGCGAAAGUGGAUUGAGGCGACGGACAAUUCCAUAGCUUAAGCAUGUAUGGGAUAUGAUAAGGAGCAGAACCAUGAGAUUCACGCUAAAGUGAAUUGCAAAGAACGGAUUUCGCUCUCUGACAGCUGGAGAAGAAAUGAUGCAGUGCCCCAGCCCCGCUUCUUAUUUCUCAGCCGAAGAGGCCUUGCUCUGGACUUCCGAUACUCUUUCUUACUAGGGUUAUGCUGCUGCAAUGUAGUAACAUCUUGACAAAUAUCAGCCUUCUG